AGUUGGAGCCCACCUAGCAACGACAUCACCAUUCCCUCUGACCGCCAAGAUGCGAUCAAACAUGUGCAAAAGGUCCUUCGAGCGAUGGCCAGCACCAAGAAAGCGGUUGAUUCGCGGAAGGACAACUCGUUCAAGUCCCGAUACGCCAAAAAGAAGAUGGGAGAAACUGUCUACGAUCCGGUCAAGAUGACCAUACGCUGUUGGGACAUCAUAAACCUCGCGAUUGAUCUGCACAACAAGGGACCUUCAGUACUCCAUUGCUUUGACUCCCAAUACGCCUCUAAUUUCGCUUCUACACGGAAAUGGACAUUCCAACAGCGAAUUGAUGCCAUAGUCCAUCUUUUCGAGACGCGUAAAAGCCGCUGCGAUGUGGCUAUCAAGGGUGAAAACCUCUACACUGUUGUCGGUAACCCAGACAAAUUGAACAGGACUUCAAUACAGAACGGUGUCAGUAAUACCAUCAAGGCCGGCGAGAUAAAGCGCGGUAAGGAGGCCAAGCAG